UACGUGUGCGUCAUUAUUAAUAAGAGAGUAUUGUAAGAGUGAGAAUAAAUUAUCGCCGCAAUGGAGUCAGUGCUGCAUCCGCCAUUACCGUUCAAAUUCGAGAACAAUUUAGUCAACGUUACAUCGGGAAAUUUAUGCAAAGAAUGGGAAAAAUGGAAAAAGGCCUUUCUAAUUUAUUACGAAGCUUGUGAAAUCGCGAAAAAACCACAAAAGGUCCAGAUUAACAUCUUGCUGCAUGUAAUAGGUGAUAAGUGCCGCGAGGUAUAUGACCAGUUUAGCGAAGAAUCAAAAACAGUAGAUGAGUUGUUAAAGAAGUUUGACAAAUUUUUUGAACCCAAAAAGAACCUCGCCGUAGAAAGGCACAAAUUUUUCACACGAAACCAGCAGGAGUUCGAAUCUAUUGAACAUUAUGUCUUUGAAUUAAAUGUGAUGGCAGCAAAGUGUGAGUUUAAAGAUCUGUGCAGUGACCUUGUGAGGGAUCGGUUAAUAUGUGGUAUUCAGGAGACAAACUUGCGGGAACGACUUCUACGAGAAAGUGACUUAACGCUGCAAAAAGCCAUAGAAAUAUGUAGGCUAGCCGAAAUAGCCCGUGCUCAAGCUGGAGAUAUAAAGCAGGAGAAGGUGGAACAUCAUGUGCAUGAAAUUAAAAAUAAGCAAAGAAUCGCGAUAGAACGUCAAGGUCAACCGAGCUGUUGUUAUAGACAAGACCGUGAGGAAACAGAGAAUAAAGCGGUGCAUGCGGUCAGCGCGAACGGGCAGCAACUCUGA